CCCUCCUCACUCUGCCGCCCGCCCGCGCUCGCUCCCUCGCUCUCUCUCUGGCUGGGCGCUCCACAACAGCCGCCAGGAUUGCAGGGCUGAGCGCGCCUCCGUCCGCCUCCUGCACGCCUGCCGGGGCUCCCCUGGCCGGCGCCCCCUCCCCGGACCCGCCCCUCCCCCAGCCUGGCGUCCCCUCCCCCUCCCUUUCCUUCCUCUCUCCCCACGCGCGCCGCUGGACCGACCCGGAGCCUCCGAAAGCCCUAGACUGAGAGCUGGAGAGCCCGGCGAGCCCCAGCCCUCCCUCCUUCCUCCUCCUCCUCCUCCUUCCUUCUCCUUCCUCCUCCUCUUCCUCCUCCCCCUUCUCCUCUUCCUCCUCCUCAGUCUCUCCUCCCUGCUCCUUUUGAUCAGCCUGGUCCGUUGGUCUCCCACUUGCUCGACUGGUGGGUCCCCGAAGCAGCCGCCACCUCCACCGCGGUUUCCUCCAGGAUGCCCGGGACCGGGCCGCCAGCCGCGGGGUUCCUGCCACUCUCGCUGCUGCUCGUCCUUCUGCUGGGGAGCCAGGCGACUCAGCUGGGAGAUGUUUACCCAGAAGGGAAGGUUGCACCCUCUAGCCUGUACCACCUGCACUCUGAAGAACUGGCAAACAACAAGAUCAGUAAGGAGAAUGCCGAAGGCAAAGUAAGCACUACUCCAAGUGUGGUCCAGAGUGGGGAAGCGACUUCAGAGCUGGAGCUUGAGGGCACAGCUCCAGCUCACCUAGAAAACCUGCCCAUGUCAACAGCCCUGGCAGAGGCCAGUGGGAAGCACACCUUUCCACCGAGGAAGAAACCCCCUUCUCUCAAGCAAGUGAACACAGCAAGGAAGCAUUUGAGGCCAAAGACUACUCCUUCCAUGCUUCAGAGAAUGGCUUCCCAGCCUGCCCCUUCCAGCCCAGGCUUCUUCUUUACAGAAAAACCCCACACACCAGGGGACAUGGCUUCGGGAGCCCUGGAAGGCAAACAUGGGAUGGCUGAGCAGCCCUCCUGGUUGGGCCGGAAAGGAGGUGGUGGCCCCACCACCCCAGCCCCCUUGGAGAUCUCCCCCUAUACCUCACUGCCACUCCUGGAGCACACCUUGCUUCAAAGUCCAGAUGAGGCCGAGGCAUCCAUUCCCACAGCUCAGGAUGCUCCAAUGGAGGAUGGGGCCAGUCCCAUUCCUUUGAAGGAGAAGAUGGUAGAGAAUGAUCUGACCAGCUCAGCAUCAGAGGAGAGCCAAGAGACAACCACUUCCACCAUCAUUACAACCACAGUAAUCACCACAGAGCAGGCUCCAGCUCUCUGCAGCGUCACCUUCUCCGAUCCCGAGGGCUACAUAGAUUCCAACGACUACGCCCCACUGCCCCUGCACAGCUUCCUGGAGUGCACCUACAAUGUGACUGUCUACACUGGCUAUGGGGUGGAGCUCCAGGUGAAGAAUGUGAAUCUGUCUGAAGGAGAGCUGCUCUCCAUCCGAGGAGUGGAUGGCCCCAACCUGAUGGUCUUAGCUAACCAGACCCUCCUGGUCGAAGGACAGGUGAUCCGAAGUCCAACUAAUACCAUUUCUGUCUACUUCCGAACAUUCCAAGAUGAUGGGAUUGGAACUUUCCAACUUCACUACCAGGCCUUCAUGCUGAGUUGCAGCUUCCCCCGGAGGCCCGCUUUUGGAGAUGUCACAGUGAUGGACUUGCAUUCAGGCGGGCUUGCUCAUUUUCACUGCUAUCUGGGGUAUGAACUGCAAGGCUCCAAGACACUGACUUGCAUCAAUGCCUCCAAACCUCACUGGAGCAGUCAGGAACCCAUCUGCUCAGCUCCCUGUGGAGGGAUUGUCCACAAUGCCACCAUUGGCAGAGUUCUCUCGCCCAGCUACCCUGGGAACACCAAUGGGAGUCAAGUCUGUGUGUGGACCAUCGAGGCACCAGAAGGCCAGAAACUACACCUACACUUUGAGAGGCUCUCCCUGAGUGAGAAGGACAGAAUGGUUGUCUACAGUGGCCGGACCAACAAGUCAACUGUCCUCUAUGAUUCCUUCCAAACGGAGAAUGUUCCCUUUGAGGGCCUACUGAGUGAAGGCUCUGCUAUCCGGAUCUACUUCAUGGCUGAAGAGGCUAGGGCCACCACAGUCUUCAACAUUCGAUUUGAAGCUUUUGAGAAAGGCCACUGCUAUGAGCCCUAUAUCCAAAAUGGCAACUUCACAACAUCGGACCCAACCUACAACAUUGGAACCACGGUGGAGUUCACCUGUGACCCAGGUCACUCUCUGGAGCAAGGACCUGCCAUCAUUGAGUGUAUCAAUGUCCGGGACCCUUACUGGAAUGAUACAGAGCCCUUGUGCAGAGCCAUGUGUGGUGGGGAGCUCUCUGCCGUAGCUGGUGUCGUGCUGUCCCCUAACUGGCCUGAGCCUUAUGCAGAAGGAGAGGAUUGCAUCUGGAAGAUUCAUGUGGGAGAGGACAAGAGGAUUUUCCUGGAUAUUCAAUUCUUAAACCUGAGUAACAGUGAUAUCUUGACCAUCUAUGAUGGGGAUGAAGUCAUGUCCCAUAUCCUCGGGCAGUACCUGGGUAACAGUGGACCUCAGAAGCUCUACUCCUCUAGCCCAGAUCUCACCAUCCAGUUCCACUCAGAUCCUGCUGGCCUCAUCUUUGGAAAGGGCCAAGGGUUUGUCAUGAGCUACAUAGAGGUAUCAAGGAAUGACUCUUGCUCAGAUUUGCCUGAGAUUCAGAAUGGCUGGAAAACCACAUCUCACACAGAGCUGGUGAGAGGGGCAAAGAUCACCUACCAAUGUGACCCUGGUUAUGAUAUCGUGGGCAGUGACACCCUCACUUGCCAGUGGGACCUGACAUGGAGCAGCGAUCCACCAUUUUGUGAGAAAAUUAUGUACUGCACUGACCCUGGGGAAGUGGACCAUUCGACUCGUUUGAUUUCGGACCCUGUGCUCCUUGUUGGAACGACCAUCCAAUAUACCUGCAAUGCCGGCUUUGUCCUUGAAGGAAGUUCUCUGCUGACCUGCUACAGCCGAGAGACAGGAACACCCAUCUGGACGUCCCGGCUCCCACACUGUGUCUCUGAAGAGACUCUGGCAUGUGACAAUCCAGGGCUGCCUGAAAAUGGCUACCAGAUACUAUACAAGCGACUCUACCUGCCAGGUGAAUCCCUCACAUUCAUGUGCUAUGAAGGUUUCGAGCUGAUGGGAGAAGUGACUAUCAAAUGCAUCUUGGGUCAGCCUUCCCACUGGAGUGGCCCGCUACCUGUCUGUAAAGUUAAUCAAGACAGCUUCGAGCAUGCUUUAGAAGUAGCAGAAGCGGCAGCAGAGACCUCCCUGGAAGGGGGAAACAUGGCGUUGGCCAUCUUCAUCCCAGUGCUCAUCAUUUCCCUACUGUUGGGUGGGGCCUACAUCUACAUCACCAGGUGUCGAUACUACUCCAACUUGCGGCUGCCUCUUAUGUACUCUCACCCGUACAGCCAGAUCACAGUGGAGACCGAGUUUGACAACCCAAUUUACGAAACGGGGGAAACAAGAGAAUAUGAAGUUUCAAUAUAAAGACAGUUCUGCUCAAGGCAUGGACCUUCAAGAUGUGAAUGACAAUAGGACUUCUCAGUAACUCAUCCAGAGACCACGUGGCAUUCGACUGAAACCCUGGAUCUUCCAUUGUCUUUCCUUUAGACUCCUUAUUGAAGAUUUCCUGUUUUCUUCACUGUAUUUAUUCUAUUUAAAUGGAGAUAGGUGUGCUCGGCUAUUUGGGGUGGCUGUCCAGGCCAGGCACUUGGCACAGUUUCAGUCCCAAGGGCAGGUGUGUGAUUGUGUUUGGUCGUUCCGGAUAAAGGGAGGAAGAUGGGCCAUGAUCUGCUGGUGAUGUCUCUCUGGAUGAUGGCACAAAGGAAAAUGGUGCAUUGGCAAGAUUGCUGUGACAUCCAGACUUAGGGCCACUGGGAGUGAGGCUUGGAAAGUUGGGGGGGAAGGUGUCUGUAAGCAGCUAAUGAUACUGUAGGCCAGAUGGCUCAGGCUCCACAGGACCAUGGUUUGGCCAGAUUGACCUCAAAUGGUAUGCUGUGUUCUUAUGCUCAUCCCUUAAGUUUUAAUGAUGCUUUGUAGAGGGGUACCAAAUCUUGCCAAUCCCUACUCAUUUCUUGCCACUUUCCUCCCUCCCUUAGGAGACAGCCAAGCAGCAAAGGCUAUUGUCCUCAUUGUCCAAUCUUUUCUGCUUUAUCUGCUCAUAUCAUUGGCUCUUUAUGGGGGUAGAUGCUUAUGUGCAAGGCCCCUGAAGUCAGAGAUCUCUUCUCUCUCCAGCUUCAUCCUUGACUCAGGAAAUUGGCACAGGAGAGCAUCAGCAACUUCUCUAGGUCUCAGCAGGAAGAGGAGACAGAGGGAAACCUGACCCCAGGUUCACAAGCUGCCUACAUGGCUUCUUUCCCUGAUGCCUGCUCAGUAAUGACAAAGAGAGGUGUGACAUUUGCUGUAGUUGCCAGAAAUUAGCACGUAUUUAGGCAGCUGGGUCUUUCCAACUCUGCUUGCCUAGGAACCCUGGGAGAUGCUUAGCUUUCUUUUCUCAUAUUUUGAAGAUGGUGUCAGUCUAUGGAUUUCAAUUAGGGAGAAAGUGUCUUAAGCUGAAAGGUUAGCUGACUUGUGUCUGAUCCCUCCCCAUUCCCAUCCUUGCCAAAUAGGGAAUUCAAUCAAUCAGCAAACAUCUUUAUAAAGCACUUAUUAUGUUCCAAGAACCUAAGUGAUGGGGAAACAACUACAAAGAAUGAAACAGUGCCUGUCCUCAAGGAACUUCCAUUCCACUGAGGGAGGAAAGACUGGAUUGACCCAUUAGCAAGUGUUUAUAAAGCAGCUACCAUGUGCCAAACACUGUGAGAAAUGCUAGAGAUCUGGAGAUAAAAAUGUAACAGCCCCUGCCCUCAAGAGGCUUACAGUCUAUCAGGGAAACAACAUGUAGAUAUAGAAGUAGGUUCAAGAUACAUGCAAAGGAGACAGGAAGUAACCAUGGAUGGGAAGGAAUUCCCUCAACUGUUUUUUUUAAAAAGUACAUUCAGAGGUCUAAAGCUGCAGUCCCCAUUUCUUUGAAGGUCUAUGAGGGGGCGAGUGGGGGAGUUACAAAGAGAUGACAGUAAAGGGCAGAACUGAAGCCAGCUAUACUUCUUUCCUUUAUGGGCAUUAUAGUGUAUGAGGCUGGUGGUGAAGCCUUGAUCAACCACCAGGGACUCCAGUAAGACUGAGAAUGUAAUGUAAUAUAAGCAACUCUGCUGAAUGUCUCCCAGGUGAGGCAUAGAAAUCUCCUGGUAGAUAUUGAUCUGCUAUAGUUUGGGAAGCCCAGUAGUUAAGGUGACAAUGAAUCCAUCUACCAUCUCUCUGCAUUUUUUUCCUUUCUUUUUCUCAAUGCUUCUUAUGUUGAUCACUAACAUAGAAGAGACCCCUGUCGUCUCUCUGCAUUGUCCUCCUCUCCCCUCUUGUAUCUCAGGGUAAUGAGAAGAAUGCUGAAACAAUCAUGAUUUAUUAUAUGUGGGAGACCUGGGGUGAAGGAGAAAAGGGUAUCUCUCUAGGACUUCAAUCAAGCUGGCCCUAUUCACUGUUCUGAACAACAGUUGAGAGGUGGAGGAGUGGAGAAGCCCUAUAUCUAACCCAUUGUUCUCCUCCCAUCCCCAGCCUGGCACAUACCCAGAUCAGCAGGACUUGUGUUUACAACUCCCAUGUGAUGCAACCAGGCAUAUGGCCCCAGGUAAGGGCAUAAAAUUCAGGUAUAUCUGGGACCUCUAGCCAUCCUCUGCCUCAGAAUCCAAGAAUACCAGAGUAGAAAGGGACCUCAAUAGUCAUUUAGUCCAAACUACACCUGUCCAAGAAUGCCCUCUACAAUAUUUCCAGUUAUUCCUUGAAAACUCCCAAUGAGAGGGAACCCAUGGCUUCUCAAAGUAGCUGGUUUGGGUGCUGGAUAAUUUAAUAUUAGGAAAUAUUGUCUUGCCCCCUGCUUAAAUUUUACCUCUUUCCAUCUUUCCCCACCAUCAUUCCUAGUUCUGCCCUCUGGGGCAAAGCAGAAACAAUCCUCCCCUGCAGAAGCACCAAGAUUAUUUGCUUUGGGCUGACUUGCAGCAUUAAAAGCACUUCUUUUCAUAUGUGGUAACCCUUGAGAAUUUCAGCUGACAGAUUAAAAUAUCUUGGGAUGAAUGGGAAAGCAAGUUUGUCACUUCCUCUCUUGAAAUCUAGACUCAUUUCUGAAAGGUCCAAGGCUCAGGACUGCCUCUACAUGGUGGAAUCCAUUCCACAUCCAUGUUGGUCAAGUUCAACUUUCCCUAUGACUAUCAGAGAGGAACCCAAGAUUUAUUACCAAGGUCAACUGUGAGAUCCAUGUUUUUGAUGGUGUUCCCCAUACCCUUAAACACAGUCAACAUGCUUCCUGGAGAUGAAUGACUGGUGGCAUGUUUGGGGAAGUAAAGGCCAACUGUAAAGGAAAUACAAUGGUUUUUUAAAAGGCAAAAUUCAGUUUUUUAUUUAUAUUUGACACUUCAUCUAACUCUGUGCCAAUGAUGACACUCUAUUAAUAUUCCAUGAUUCUGGAACAUAGCAUAUUUAUGUGGAAAAACUAAACCUUUUCCUCCUAUAAAGUCUUAACUCUAACACUGCUCCCCUAAAGGGAUCCAGGCUGGGAUGGGCCUGGGCAUUCCUAGCAUUGUUCUGAGGGAUAGAAAAGCUGGUAGUAUUUUUUUGGGGAUGCCAAUGUCUUCCCCCCUCCCCAGUCUUCCUAGUGCAGCAUCUGUAACCAUGAUGAUGUUUUUUAAAUCUAUUCUAGUCUAGAGAAAGGUAGUGUGGAUCUCUGCAAUGUAAAAUACUUUGAAGAAGAUAGCUUUUUUUUUCUUUUUCAAAUAUCUGACUGUGUAUUUGUAAUUUGUAAAGGCAAAACAAACAAACAAAAACAGUGCCAAAAAUGCACCAGGCAUGUCAUUUCAGUUCAUAUAUAUAUAUCUGUUUUUAUAACGACGAUACUAAAAGCAUGAGGAUGAAAUGUUUUGGGAUAUGAUACUUCCUUGGAGGAAUUUGAGAACUGAGGAGACCUUCCUACAAACCAUACCAUGUGUGUAAACAGUCGAAGCUGAGUUUACAAAGAUUGGAGUUUCAGAAAAAAAAUGUUGAUUCCAUCGUAUCUGUCACCAGAUCUCCAUUGCUUAAAAACUUGCCUGCUUAGCACUCCCCACUUUGAGUUCAUGUUGAAUCAACACCUUGGCAUGCCCCCCCAUAACCCCGAACUAUACCUGUGAUUUCACUGGCAAUAAGCAGCUCCCAAUUAGGAAAUUCCCUCUCCCAUUAGGGAUCACCUACUACGCCUUAGAGUAUUGCUUGAGGCAGAGGAAGGUUAAGAGACUUGCCCAGGAUCACACAGCCAUUAGGGGUCACCAACAGAACAUGAACCUUCAUCUUCCCAACUCCAAGGUGAUCUCUCCAUCCACUGUGCUGUGUUACCACACAACAUAAGUAUGCUGAUAGAUACUAGAUGGCUACUAGUAUGAUGCCCUGGAAAGAGCCCUGUAUUUGAGGUUAGAGGAGUUAGAUCUGAAUACAUGACACUGGACAAGUCACUUCCUGUCUCUGGGUCUCAGUUCUCUCAUCUGUAAAAUGGUGAGAGGUUGGACUCAGUGUUCUCUAAGGUCCCUUCCGUCUCUAAAUCAAUGAUCCUAUGACAUUAGUUUACAUAUGUAUCUAUCUAUUCCUGGACAGCUCCUAAAGGUGAUAAGUUGCAGAGCAGUUGCCUCUCUGCAUUAGCUAAAGUUCCUCACUGGGAAUUCCCUACACUGAUGAACUCAUAUAAGUUUAUCUAUAGGUAUAUGUCUACACUUGCUACAAAUAUUAGUUCUUUUGUGUUAGCCUAAGGCAAAGUCCAGAUGAUCUUUUGAAUGGCUUUGGACACCUUCUAACAAACUGAAAGACCCAUGUUGCUGAGUAAUCAGGAUGGCCUGUGGAAUGCUAUGGCUGAAGUUUGCAGAGAACUGUCUCAGUCCUUCCUGGAGGCCACUCCGCAGGACACAAUGUCUCUUUCCCAGAAAGAACAGAUUGGCUGGAGAUGAGUGGCUCCCAGUAUCUCAUGGUGGACAAUAUCUUCUCAGGAAUGACUGAGCCAGGUUUUGCCCCAUGGAUUUUCAUCUUCCUUUUCUUCUCCAAAUGAAUGUGCUCUAGAUUCUUAAAUCCAGAUUUGGGCCUCUAGAAUUGGUACCUUAGAACUUUAAAAUGAUGAGACUGGGCCAUUGUUUCCACAUCUGUUAAGUGAGGAUGCAGGACUAAGAUCCUACGAGUGUCAGAUCUCUAUCAGUCAUUUCCCACACUAUCUUUUCCAAAAAGUCCUGAAUAAAAUUACAGUAUUCUCUCUUCCUUUUUCCUUUUUUUUACUUUUUGAGGCAGUGGUGGAAAGAGCAUUGGAUUUGGAGUCAGAAGCUAUAGCUAUGCUACUUAUUACCUGUGGGGCCUUGGGCAAGUCAUUUAACAUCUCUUGACAUCAGAUUCCCAUCUGUAAAAUAUUGGUGUUGGACUAUCUGAUUUCUGGGGUCCCUUCUAGCUAUAAGUCUGUGAUCCCUGAAUUGCUCCCAUUCUCCUGUUUGUAAAUGUCAGCUCCAGUAACAUAAAUGAAGUUCAGUGAGUCAUAUGGGUCAUCUUUGUCAUGUUACAUCAUGGAUCAUGGCAUACCGGCAUAUCCCAGGGCUCUCUGAUCUGUGAUUUGGUAGCCAAUUGGCCCCUCAAGGGUAUGAGGUGUGCCAUAACUGGGCUACAAGACUCAAUGUGAUUCUAGGGCCAUCUGAAAGUGAAAAUGUGGACAAGAUGGAUCUGAGAGAAUUGCUAUGAUCCAGAGACACCUCCUCAUCAUACCCUAGAAAAUGCAGAGGAAUAGCUAAACAGACAGGUUUGUUCUGAGGCCCAGACUCAUGAGGUAGGGCAGGGGAGAGAUUCCCUGUUCCCUCAGAAUACCACGUUGAGUGGUGGCACUUUCUUUUACCUGCCUGAGUUAUUUCCAGAGGUCAAUCAAUCAAAUAUUUUUGUUUCCCUACCAUGUGCCCAGUACUAAGCUGUCGAUAUGCAAUUUUAUCACCCAGACCACACCCAGAGAUGACCCAGAACUUAACAAAUAUCAUGGAAUCACAGAAUGUCAGAGUUGACAGGAACAUCAGAGGCCAUCUCAUCCCAUCUUUACCUCUACAAUGUUGUUGUUGUUGUUGAUCCUUCAUUCUUGAAGAGGACCAGCAACAUUAUGAGGAUGAUGUCUUAUGAGUUGGAUUCAAGUGAGGCAGAGGUGGCCACACACUCUCCUCCAGAGUCAUCCAAGUCCAGUGGCAAAAAAGUCAAGAUGACUAGUGAUGGCUUGGGACACAAUGUAUAACCUUGGCCUUUCUAAGUUAAGGUCUUUCCCAGGCCUCAGUUUGUCUGAAGCAAUGCCCAUUCAAUGCCUAAGGGCUAGAUAAGAAUUGAGACAAGAAAUGGCCUAACUUAACAUCACAAAAGCAUCAGUCUAUUGAAGGGGGUGGGGGUGGGAGCAACCUUUCUUAGAAGAAUCCCAACUCUAUCUUCUAGGCUGAUUCUUAGUACAAACUGAAACUACUUGAACCAAAACUUCCCUAAUCAAUAAGAUGAGUAACAUACCAAUUUGAACAAUUGUACCACCACCACCAAGAUCAACCAAGCUGUUUCAUAGCAGCAAUAAUACUCAAAUGGCACUAUGAUCUCAUUGAUUCAAGAGCUCCCUUAGAUGAUACUACUAAUAAAAGAUCUUUUAACCUCACCAGUCUAGUUCCAAUACUUGUUGCUUGAAAAAUGCUCAGGCUGCAGUUGGCAAUUUCCCCAGGUCAAACAAUACAAUAAUCAAUAUCAUCUUUUUUUUGGGGGGGGGGGUGGCAAUGAGGGUUAAGUGACUUGCUCAGGCUCACACAGCUAGUAAGUGUCAAGUGUCUGAGGUCAAAUUUGAACUCAGGUCCUCCUGAAUCCAGGGCCAGUGCUCUAUCCACUGUGCCACAUAGCUGCCCCACCCCCAAUAUCAUCUUUUAUAGAAAUCUAUUCACUCCUUGAGACAAUGAGGUCCUGGCUUCUGAUCUUGUUGACUGACUGAAUUCUGCAUGGUCAUAUUGUCACAGCUUAAACCUGCUGUCUGAUGAGGAAGAGGUUACAGAAUUACAGAAUGCCAAAGUUGGAAUAACCUCAAAAAGCAACUAUCUCAAUCCAAACCUUCAAAAUCUUCCCCCCAAAUAUAUGCAUAACUUAUCUGAUAGUCAUCCUGACAGCCUCUUCUUUGAAGACCUCCAAUGAGGGGGGACCUACUACCUCGUAAGGCAGCUCAUUCCACUUUUGGAAAGCUGUGCUUGAAGGGAAGUGUUUUCUUAAUCAAAUGCUCCAAGGAAUCUGUGAUUUUAUGAAUGUGGGUAUUCCCUCCAGUGACACAGAUCACAACCAUCCAUGCCUUCUCAUCCUAGGUGACUCUUGUCCAUGUCCUCCCAUGGGUUUGUCACAAGGGCUCCACCCAACAUUCCAGAAAACCUACCUCCCUUUCUCUUAACAACAUGAAGUUUUCCUUUUGUUGAGCCUAAAUGUGCCUCUUUGUGACAUCCACCCAGUAAGAUCAUCUGGAGAAGACAUCUUUAGGAUGCAAAAUGAAGCCAAUAGAAAUAGGAUUGAAGAACUGAACUUAGACCCUUAAGUGUUCCCCCCAACUUAAAUGAAGGAUGUGAGGGUCAUGAAAAGCUGGGGAGGAGGAAAGUUGGCAAUUUUAUAGACUCCAUCCCAUUCUAAGUUUCAGAAAAUAACCUGCUAAAGAAUGAAUCCACCUUUAUCUGUAAGUCACAUCUCUUGCCUAGGGGUCAUACAAAAGGACCAAUGGAAUAAUAGUGAAGAAAUCAUAGCCAAUGCAAAUUCUCAUGGCUCCAAAUCUCUCCAUUUGGGAAGGGAGAAUGUGUCCUGUGCCACCAUUUUUCUUAUGACUCAGUUUGUGACUUUUUAUAAGUGGUUUGUAUGUAGUAUAGGGGUUUCACAGCAGCCUGAUUAUAUAAACUGCUUCCUAUUUUGUUCCUGAAGUUAGGAGUUUUCUCCUUCACAUGAACUAGAACUGAUUUGUAGAGCAACAGAAAUGUCUAUUUUCAUGCAGCUUUUUUUUUCCUGAACGUAAACUACAGUUUCCUAUUUGCUUUUUAAAUUGUCAUACAACUUGAAUCUUUCAUCUCAAUACAGAUGAACUGACUGCCUGCAGCAAAGCUUUUCCAACCUUGGUUCCCAUCCUUGAAAAUUAGAGUAGAGCUCAUUCCCUGGCGCUCUCCAUGGUAUUGAACCCCCUGAGUGCAAUAAAUCUCUCAUUUUUCAUCACA